GGCUAAUGAAGGCAGCUCACAAAACAAGGGGGGCACAAUUUAUGUUUAAAAAACGAGUGGAAAGGGAGACCACUCGACGGCCACGUGAUUCAAGGGGCCGCCCCCAUAUAAAACCCAAAAGACCCGUAUUUGACAGCAUCAGCAAAGUGCGUCCACCUGCGGCUGUACCAGUAGCGGACCCACUUGCCCUUCAGCUCAACCUUCUAACCUAUACAAUGAAGGUAAGUCCUGGCCCAUCCGCCACGUAGACAAAUUAUAAAACAUUGAAUUUAUGAGGGGAAAAAAGUGACCAUUCUGUGACAUCAAUUCAAAUACAGGCAAUAAAAUUGACGCCAAAUAAUGAAUGCUAUUUAUGUAAGGAUUUAAUGAUGUAAACAGACCUUCAACUGUUUUUUUUUUUUUUUUUUUUUUUGUGGGUUUUUUUUUUUUUUUUUUUUGUGGUGGUUAUGUUUAUUCCAAAUGGAUUUUCAGAAAACAUGUGUUUGAAAAUAGCUUCGUGUACAAAAUUCAGAAUUUGGAAUCUUUGUGUCUCCGGAUGUCUUCGAAUGCGCAUGACAACUUUUUCAGAGGAUUUUGGCUUUAAGAUUUUUUUUUUUUAAAAAGGUGUUUUCUUAAGUGACGAAUGUGUAACAGCUUUAUUUUGUCAUCAAAAUGUUUUGAGAAUCCGUGUUGCACCAUAUGUUAGACGUUUACUAAAGUCGAUGGCAGAGUGGGUAGUCACCCUGCUGGCAGUAAAGAGUGGUUAAGAUGGAGAUAAUGCCUGCCACUGAUGGCAACACGUUAGGGGACCGGAACAUGCCAUCCAACAUUUUUCACUUCCCAAAUUCAGGCCCUAGCCAAGUUGAGAAUCCUUCUGCCAUAUAAGCUUGUGUAAAUAACAAUUCACACACAAUUUAAAUGUUUUAAAUAUUAGAAAAAAGCUAUUAAGAACUUAUUAACCAAAAGAAUCCUUACCGUCCAGUGUGUACCCUGUGGUAUUAUUGUACCCACCCCACGUCAUUUUAAAAUAUUGAGAUGUAGUGUCAGUAUUAAUUCAUAAUUGUCCAUUGCUCUUGAAAGCUUACAUGGUUUUGAAAUAAAUUUCAUAUGGUUUUUUAUACAUUGGUCUGGAUGAUGGGGAGCGCACUGUCUCGAAUGUUUUAGGCUUUCGUGUAAAACAGAAAAACUCCAUAGUUUCAAUUAGUUAACUUUGAUGUUUGGACUUCUUGCAAGAGUAAGUCCGGAUUUUUUUGCAAGUAUCCCCCCCCCUACACUCCUUGCAAGUGUUCUCCCAGGCCUUUUGUAAAUAUUCUACCAGAAUUAUUGCAAGUAUUCGCCCAGACUCCUUGAAAGAAUUCUCCCAGAUGUCUUGCAAGUAUUCUCCCAGAUGUUAUGCAACUAUUCUCCCAGAAAUCUUGCAAGUAUUCUCCCAGAUGUUAUGCAAGUAAUCUACCAGAAAUAUUGCAAGUAUUCUCCCAGACUUCUUGCAAGUAUUCUCCCAGACUUCUUGCAAGUAUUCUCCCAGACAUUUUGCAAAACAUACUCCCAGACGCCUUGAAAGUAUUCUACCAGGGGUAAUAAGGGGAGAGACUGCAAUCAGGUUAGUACAAAAUAAAAUGAGUAAAACAGAGUAGGGUUAAACCUGAAAAAAUAAACAGCGAACGUGUCGGCAGAAAGCCUUCGUCAGCGAACAAAACAACAGAAAAAACGUUAUAAAAAUAAGAAAUAGCACUUAGCUGGUAAGUAGUAUCUGUGGGCAGCACUUCUAUUGCUGCCCACAGAUACUACUUACCGGCUAAGUGCUAUUUCUUAUUUUUAUUCUGUUGUUUUGUUCGCUGACGAAGGCUUUCUGCCGACACGCUCGCUGUUUUGUUGCGUUUAUUUUUUCAGGUUUAACCCUACUCUGUUUUACUCAUUUUAUUAAGUAUUCUACCAGACUUCUUGCAAGUAUUCUCCCAGACUUAUUUUACAUAUUCAACCAGACCCUUUGCAAAUGAAUACACAGAUUUCUUGCAAGUAUUCUCCAAGACUUCCUGCAAGUAUUCACCCAGACUUCCGGGAAGUAUUCUCCCAGACCUUCGAUGUAGGUCACACCCGUUGGUCAUCCUCGGCACACUUCGGAAAAUGUUAUUCGCUCCGUCUAUUUGUUAAACGUAUAUGACUUACGUAAUUGUCAUUAGCAUGAAUUCAAACUACAAAUAGCAAGAACGGUUUAUUAUUUACUUAGUUUCGUAGUUUUUACAUUUGACUCGAAACCAAAAGGAUACAUCCGGGGUUCGUUAUCAUUUGAUGACGUAAAGUUUCCGAUGACUUGAUUUUGCACACAGCCUUCCUACAGGCGGUAUUUUCUUGGAAUACUAUGUUGAUUUUUUUAAAUAAAAAAAAAAUGAUCAUCAAAUACAUUUGAAUUGGCGCAGGCUGCCCUUGCCCUCAUCGUGGCCCUUGUUGCCGCCGCCUCUGCCAUCUCCCCAAGUGACGAGGAGACGAGAAUCUCCGCACUGGAGCGUGUGUACGCCAAUGUCGACAUCCGGUGCCUGUUUGACGAGGUGCUCUGCAAGGAUCUCCACACCGUCUGCCUGGACAAGCCGAAACUAAGUGAGUACAUAGUCGGUCCCCAGUCUGUACACGAUGGUGUGCACAGUUUUUACAUGAUUGUGUGCACAGUUUGCAUAUGAUUGUGUGUACAAUUUGUAAAUAAUUGUGUGCAAAGUGUGUAAAUGAUUGUGUGUACGAUUUUUACAUGAUUGUGUGCACAGUUUUUACAUGAUUAUGCGUAAAGUUUGUACACGAUUGUGCGCACAGUUUGUACACAAUCGUGCAUACAGUUUGUACAUGAUUAUGUGCAAAGUUUGUACAUGAUUGUGUACACCGUUUGUACAUGAUUGUGUGUAAAAUUUGUACAUGAUUGUGUGCAAGGUUUGUACAUGAUUGUGUGCAAAGUUUGUACAUGAUUGUGUGCAAUGUUUGAACAUCUAUUUUGAACGUGGAAAAAAAAGACUUUCCAAGGUCGUGGGACGCUCGCUCGCGUUCUUUUCUUCCUCCUUUCUUCAACUCAUUUCUCCUGCCAUUAGGUUGCAGCAGACGUCAGCGAUAUAACGGCCAAGAAUAUAAUGAGUAGUGAUAUAAAGGGUCUACACGAUGUCUCCCGUAUCACGUUUUUUUUAAAUCACCCUUUUAAAUGUAUUAGUAAUGUACCUGGGUGAUUCUUUACCGCCCCCCCCAACCCACUUUCCCCUUGUGAGCGCUGGACGCCACCUUCCCUCCGCGACCUUUGUCUGUUCUAUGUGGCAGUGUGGGUCCUUGUAUCGCUAUUUAAUUCGAGAGGAGUUCGUUCAUAAUAUUUAAAGGCGUAUUUAAAAUACAAAAAAAAGUUUAAUGUUAAAAAUUAUUAGAAAUUUGUAGACUUUUGAUUUAAAAAAAAACCACGAUUAUUCUUUCGCUAAAAGUUCAAUGAUUCGUUUAGUUUUUUAGCAAAUCAAAUUAUCUAAUACAGUGCUCGGUUAAAAAGAAAAAAAAAAAAAUUAGUAGACAUAUUCAUAUAAUUUUGUUUAGGUUUCAAUCCUUAAAAUUCAUCUUUCCUGUUUGGCUCGUUGGCUGUAAGGGGACUUUUUUUUUUUUAACCUUUCCAAACCUGUUGCAUGAAGUCCAAUCCACAGCAUUACUCAAACCACCAAAGACAACUGUCUGGUGCUGUCUCGGGAACCGUCUUUUUAUCCUUUUGGGUUUCGAAAAAAUAUAUAUAUAUAUAAAAAAUACGAGCAGAAUUUUUUUUUUUUUUAAAACGAAUAUUGAUAUUGUUUCCUUUCAAAAAAUUAUUUCGUUAGCUGGAGAAAUUCAAAUGUCGCUUCCUCCCUAUUCCACUGUGUACACGUCUCGGAUGUGUACAGUGUACAUGUUCCUUGGGCUAUGUCAACACAAAACAGAUAUUCGGCAAAUUUCUGUAGAGUUUCUGGUCGUUAUUAUCAAACAAAUUACAAUUUAUUUCAACAAUGUUUUAAAUAGGUAACGUUGAGAAGUCUUUUCAUUAAUAUAUUAUAUAAAUAAUGUCUAUACCAAAUCUGUCAGGUUCCAUUCACAGUGUUAAAAAAUACAUAUAAAAAUCUCCCAGUUACUGUAUUCAGUAUAAAAAAUGUAUAAAUAUCAAAUCUCCCAGUUACCGUAUUCAGUAUAAAAAAUGUAUAAAUAUCAAAUCUCCCAGUUACCAUAUUCAGUAUAAAAAAUGUAUAAAUAUCAAAUCUCCCAGUUACCGUAUUCAGUAUAAAAAAUGUAUAAAUAUCAAAUCUCCCAGUUACCGUAUUCAGUAUAAAAAAUGUAUAAAUAUCAAAUCUCCCAGUUACUGUAUUCACUAUAAAAAAUGUAUAAAUAUCAAAUCUCCCAGUUACCGUAUUCAGUAUAAAAAAUGUAUAAAUAUCAAAUCUCCCAGUUACCGUAUUCAGUAUAAAAAAUGUAUAAAUAUCAAAUCUCCCAGUUACCGUAUUCAGUAUAAAAAUGUAUAAAUAUCAAAUCUCCCAGUUACUGUAUUCAGUAUAAAAAAUGUAUAAAUAUCAAAUCUCCCAGUUACCGUAUUCAGUAUAAAAAAUGUAUAAAUAUCAAAUCUCCCAGUUACCGUAUUCAGUAUAAAAAAUGUAUAAAUAUCAAAUCUCCCAGUUACCAUUUUCAUUAUUAAAAAAAAAAAAAAAUUGAAUCUAUUCCCAGUCUUAACACAGAAGAUAUACUGCGACAUUGAGAUGAAACGGUGUAUCGACGGGUUGCCCGACGACUGCAAGAACCUCAACUCGGACAGCAAGCUGACCACACCUAAGCCAAUCAGAUAAGCGGUCACCCAGUUAUGGGAACAAACAAUGGCACCGUGGCGAGUUGUUACAGCGCCUGUUAGGUGACCCCAUUAAAGCAACCAAUAAAAAGUCAGAUUUCUUUUCUCUCUUCCUCUUUCGCAUUUAUUACGGUUGCUGCACGGCUUCACUUCCGGUUAGAAGAGUACACGUUUUAAACAUGGCUGCUGUGGCAAAUUCAAAUUGGAACUACCUUAUUCAUUCUUUUAUGUGGAGGGGUUUUAUAGAAUAGGUUAUUACCCUUUGGCUUAGUGGAACAGGUCUUACUUGUUAAGAAAAAAAAAAAAAACUAUCUCGUUACAUACCUUUUAUUUGCAUUUCGGUUUGCACAAUAAAAACGUUGCUACAAUAAGUCAUUUCAAGCUAUUUUUUUAAAGACGCGUUUCAGAUUUUUAGUAUAUAAAUAUCUGUGGCGUACGACUACAUCAGAUACAUGCGGUACAAGUACGACCACGAAGGUAAUUUAAAAAAAAAAAAAUUCAUUUUCGGAGAGAAAAGAGCGAAAGGGUUGGUUCAUAUCAUUUCCGCUUUCACGUCAUUCGUGGUUGUCAUGGUUGGGCUAAGUCAAGUAAACAUGGAUUGGAUGACGUUGCCGUGAACUGUGAAUAAUUUCUUUCAUAAAUAAAUAUUUAAACUUUUACUUUGAAUAAUUUCUUUCCUCUGAGUAAAAGUGUACAUUUUAUUUAAAAACCAUAUCGUUGGGUCUGUUUUAUUACCACUACACAACGUGCGAGUUUAGAGACGGCAAAUGUGAUUUUGGAACCAAACGAGAAUUAGAAAAAGUAGGCGGAAACCACGGGCAAGCUACUCUGUUAUACAAAACUUUGGACGUACCCCAUAAAGCUUUGUCACAUCACCGCACAAGUCAUUAUUAAAGGUAG